AUGGAUGGACCGGUGGUGGCUACAGAUGACAAGGGACUGCCUCGCAUUCCGCGAUUCGUUGGCAGACUGACUGGUACGCUUGGGAAGAAGGAAGCUGGGUGUGGGGUUGAGUGGUGGGCUGGGGGAGAAGAGAGGCGAGGGGGGAACCUCCCUACCCGCUGUCCUCUCUGUGCCCCGUCGCUCGCCCCCGCUUCCCCCCCUCGACUCUGUCUCCCGUCGCUCGCCCUGGCAGCGGGGCAGGUGGAGGCAUUGUGGCGUGACUUUUUCAACGACCCAGUGCAGUUCUUCGACUACCGGGAGAUGAAGCAACACGCAGAAGUGCCCCCCAAAUACCCAGAUUUCAAGAAGAUAGCUACAGGCGAGCCGCUGUGGGUGGAGAGCCGCGGCACCCCUCCCUGGGUGCAUGACUCCUUGCAAAAAUACGAUGAUGCCUUUGCUGCAGCCCUGGCAGGCAUGCCGCUUGAGGGGCAGGGGGGGGAGGAGGGUGCGGCAGGGGCAGGUGUUGAGGAGCAGUUUCAGGAGGAGUUUGGGGGAGGGGCGAUGGACGCUCGUGGGUUUUGA